AAAGAAUAGAGUUUUUUAUUGUAUGAUUAUUUGGCAUCUUUAUUGUUAUUACAGUGUAAUUAUUUUCUAUUUUUUAUAUUUCUUCGGAGUGUAUCAGGAUCCAUUUCAGGAUUCAAGGACACACGAUAGGCAUGUCUUUCAGUGCUGUGUGGUAGGGUUUUUCAGUGGGGACAGUGUCGUUGGAGACACUGUGUUCUUUUCCGAGAUAGCGUUUCACACGGAAUGUAUAUGCUGCUACGAGAGGGAUUGGAUCCCUGCCGACCAAUAGAGUCUCAGUUUCCGAGAGCCUUGUCCUUGAGUGCGAGUACACACCGCGUCCUGCAGAUGUUAUCGUAUUAAUAUUUAUGACCGCCAGUGAAGUGGCCUAUCAGCGACGGCAGAUUUUUACCCAAGGCGUGUACAUCAUGAAUAUCUAAACGACAGGCGCAGAAGGGAAGACAGGUUCGGGUACGCGUUUGUUUUGGCGAAACUAAUUUUUAGAAGAGGUCUUACAGCGACUGGUCUGAUACAACAAACGAGUAACUUUACGGAAUCAUCCAUCGGACAUAGUGCGUUCUUGUGUUUAGCCGAUUCCUGCGCAAUCAAUUAUGCCUGGGGAAGCGACAAUUACAUUAACCCUUGCUCCAAACUCCGGACAAGCGAAGCCAUUUCCCUUUGUUUUGAAGAAAGUGAUGGACAUCCCCCCACCUAACAUUCUUGAAGGCGACGAUGAGAUCAAGAAGGAGAAGCUUUGCCUGAUUGAGGCCACCGAGUCUGGAGGAGAUGCCACCAGUGGAGGUGGCAGCACCACGGCCAGGGGUGGCGGCGGCGGCAGCGGAGGACCAGGGGCAGGAGCAGGGGGCGUCUCGGCCUCCCUGACCCCCGCCAUCUGGGAGAAGACCAUCCCCUACGACGGGGAGAACUUCCAUCUGGAGUACAUGGAUCUGGACGAGUUCCUGCUGGAGAACGGCAUCCCCAUCUCCCUGGAGGAGGAGCUGCAGAAGAGCAGCAGCUUGGCCCAGGAGCAGAGCGCCGAGUCAGGGGAGGAGGAGGAAGCAGCUGACAAUGCUGGAGGCAGGGUGGUGGUGGUGGCGACUGCCAAGGCAACAGCCUUGUCCACCUCCGCGGCCGCAGCAGCAGCAGUAGCCUCCACCACCACACAGCAGGUGCCUGAGGUGCUGCUCCCCUCACCAAAGGAUUCCCUGGUUCCGGAGCUGGCUGUGGAGCUGCCUCAGACCUUGGAGGAGAAGAAGAAGAACAAGAAGGAGGAGCAGAAGACUGCAAAGAAGAGGAAGAUAGAGGAGGUGCAGGAGGAGGAGGAAGAAGAAGAGGAGGAGGAAGAUGAUGAUGAGGAAGAAUAUGAUGAGGAUGACGACGAUGCAGAAUCUCUGACUGAUGCAUCUGAACUGAGACCUGUAAAAGCUAGAGCAGAAGGCAAAGUGACAAAAGACCGCGUCACUCCGACCCCGAUGGAUCCCGAAGAGAUCGAAGUGGACAUCAACUACCAGCCGGACCCCACUGACUUGGUCCUGUCCAGCGUCCCAGGGGGCGAACUCUUCAACCCCCGCAAGCAUCGCUUCUCCGAGGACGAGCUGAAGCCCCAGCCCAUGAUCAAGAAGGCCAAGAAGGUGUUUGUUCCCAAUGAUGCAAAGGACGACAAGUACUGGUCCAGGAGGAAGAAGAACAACAUGGCCGCCAAGCGCUCCCGGGACGCGCGGCGGCUGAAGGAGAACCAGAUCGCGGUGCGUGCCUCCUUUUUGGAGCGCGAGAACGCGGCACUGCGGCAGGAGGUGGCCGAGCUGCGCAAGGACUACACCCGCUGCAAGAGCGUUCUGUCGCGCUACGAGGCCAAGUAUGGGCCACUGUAAGGGACAACUUUAAAAGCCUCUUGAUUAAUCCAACAACUACAAACCACAAAACAGCAGCAGCAACAGCAGCAGCAGCAAUGACUUUGGGAGUUAAAGAAAGCAGAACGAAAACAAAGUGGAAAAAAAAAAAAACACAUAAUACUUCAUCACCAGAGAAAAAGUGUCCCUGCAGAAUGCUGUUACAAACACCUAAGGUUUUGGCCGACGUUCGCAGAGGCGCUAGGUGAUGGCGAGACAGGAUGGGUCUCGGUUUUGAGUUGCAGUAGCUGUGUAACGAGGCACUCGCUGCCACACCCGUAUAAAAAGGGGGGAAAAAGGGAAAAGUUCAGUCUCGGAAAGAUGAAAAUGGCUACCAAGAGAGCCUGUCAAAUAAAGCCAAGUUGCAGGGACGUUUAGAAGGCACAUGAAUCCCACUCCCUCUGUACUAGCCACCACGGCUAAAAAACCUACACGAGAGGAUAAUUGGGCCAUGGGCCAAUAGCAGCAGCAGCAGCAACCCAGGCAAAGCAUGAAGUCCCAGUACAUGACUGUUGAAUGAUGUGUCUUCCCUCUCCUUUCCCCACCUGACCAACCAUUCUCCCAUUUCUACCCCCCCCCCCCCCAAAAAAAAAACCCUUGCUAGUCCAAAUAACUGACUCUCUCUCUCUCUCUUCCUCUUGUUUGAAGCACUGUGUUGGGGACUCAGGACAAAGGCAUGUGAAGUGCAGGGAAGGAUUUAUUGAUUUAUUCAUGACUGCAGAAAGAGAGAGCGAAAACCAGGGAGAGGAAUAAAUGAAUAAAUAGAGUGGAUGACCACCAAAGUGGAUGGACGUCUUGGUGGGGGGAGUGUGUGUGUGUGCAGAAGAGAACAGAAAAAAGGGACGAGGUGUCUUCAAAAUAAUGUGUGCGUAUUCCUCGGCGCUUUGGUAGACAUUUGUGGUAGUGGUGACACAGCCCUAUGAGUUUCUCUUUCUUCCUGAUUCAAGAGAAUGGUGUGUUUAUUUGAGGGGGUAUGUGUUUGUCCCUCCUAGACAAGGUUUUUGUACUGUCCUUCAAUCGUCCACACAAAGACUUUGUGUUCGCUCUUCCCCACUGUUUUGCACUCUCAUCUUUGUCUGUGUGUGUGUGUGUGUGUGUGUGUGUGUGUGUGUGUGUGUGUGUGUGUGUGUGUGUGUGUGUGUGUGUGUGUGUGUGUGUGUGUGUACGCAUGUACAAUUGUGUAUGCCUGUUCUGGGAAAGGGUAUGACGAUAAUGAAACGUGUGACUCACCAGAGGCAGUUGGUUUCUCUUCUUAAAUACUCGAUAGUAAUACUCAAUGGGUCUUGCAUACUCGUUUGUAAAAUAGAGUUGAAAAACGCGUAAAGAAAGCCUUUUAAGGACUGGUGCUAUCCACCACGUUGGUAAAAAGCUGGCAUAAUUAAAGUGAGCUUUUUGUUUGAAAGAGGAUGUUGUCACAGAGGGAUUUCAUUUUUUAAAAGGAAUCAAGUGUAUUUUGUGUGUCAUUUCUAAUAGACAUAAAGGGAACAGUUAUUUGUUAUUAUCUAAACUGUAAAUAGGCUUGCCUUUUAUUUUGUUUGGUUUUAUUGUCUCAGUGUGAUUGACUUAUAAUCACAGCCAAUACCUGAGAAUUUGUAUUUUACUGAUGUUACUAUGAUUUUUUUUUUUUUUAAAACAGUUGAUUAUUUAGUAAAUGACGUGCUUCUCUUUCACGAUGCAUCUAUUGAUUGUCAUGUGCACAGAUUUCUACGUUUUUUUUUUUUGAGUCGUAAAAGAAGUACACAAAACAAAAACCUUUAACCGUGCAGGGAUUCUGAAAAUAAAAAUAUUUUAGGUAUGGAUGGGUGUUUGCCAAGAUAUGUACUCAUGUUAUCAGAUAAUUGCAAUUCUUUUUUUAUACUCCUCCUGCCAGUCAAGCAUUGUGUUUACCUCGUACAAAAUUAUUAUAGACUGUCAAGGACAUUUAAGGAGUAGUUUGUCUUCCUGGGGUAAAGCCAAUCACAUGAGGGAUGGGCCACUCCAUUUAUAUUUGAUUUUCUUUUAUAAAGAAGGCCAAGGUGUUUUGGCCAAGGACUGUGAAAGCUAGUGGGAGUGGGAGGGCUUGUCACGGCCCCAUGAGGACUUCAAAUCAAUAUGGACACCACCAGUCAGCAAACAAGAUGGAAACAGACAUUUCCAUUUUAUAUAUAUAUAUUUAUAUAUAAAGGUACAGGUUAGCUCUGUUGCUGAGAACUGUAAAUGGAAUGAAAUGGGAAUUAUUGGGCAACAAAGUUGUAGUUGUGCUUCCAGCAGAUACUUCGUUAUCGCAACAGUGGCAACGCAGUAUGAGGAAACAAUCUGGAGUUUUGACAGAGGAAAGCACAGGUUUUUGAAGCAGGAAAUGAUGAGUCAAAUUAUUCUGAAGGCCUCAAAAAGGUUACUGCAUGCUGGUAAUCCAUGAGGUCAAUCUUCCAAAAAUCUUGGUUUGGAUUGCAAGAAUUUUUGACUUUAAAACAGACAGAACCAGCAGGAUAUAUGGACAUACAUUUUGCAUUUGAUGCACAGAAUGUUUCUUUGAUUAUGUGUUGGGGAGAGCAGUGUCCUUAUUUUCAUCAGAGCAGCUAAUUGUAUCCAGGUGAAUGCUGUGGGGAAAUGCACCUAUAAUUGAGUAGUUAGUCCACAGCACUAGUUGCUUGCUUCCUGUACUUCCACUGAAAUGUUAUUUGGUUUCCUUGUUUUCCUUCUCUUGUAUUAUUUCCUCUAUGGAUCUUAUUGUGGAGGGUGGUGGUGAGGCACAAUGUGUGCCCUAUUGGGGGAAAAAAAUCAAUCACUGUGUUAAUGUACUUAAAUAAAUAUUGUGACUGAUGAGUGGUGUUUUAAAAUAAAAUCACCUGGCAUCUUUCAUGCUGCAAAUAUUGGAAAUAUUCAUUUGAUUUGGUUGUAAUUUCAUUCUGUAAAAAAAAGAAAAAAGAACAUAUGAUGAUCAAGAUACUGGUCAUCACCUGUGAUCAGAGAUACCUUGAUUCUGGAAAUGUAGCAGCCUGUCACCUCACUUCAAACUAUAUGACGUUUGCUUAAACAAGAAAAAGCCUGGACUAUUUUUAAGUAGACGGUGACUUGGUAUCGGACAGUGGAUUUGAGCUUUUGUUUUCAUCAUUUUUUAAAGAGUGGCAUUCGUUUCUGUUUUUAUAUAAAAAGCACCUUCAUUUUCCUACAUGUUCUCUCCCCCAUCAAUAUGGGAGUGUGUAUAAUUGCUGUAUGUUUAACGGUAUCUUGUGUCACAUAUUAAUAAAGGCAAAUUUGAUGAGUCAA